AUGGAUCUUUUCCUGUUAAUAUCUUAUUGACAACGCAACGAGCCUGCUCUGUAUUAUACAGAGGGAACCAUUUUGAAUAUGCAGGCCUCUACAGAAAAAAGAACAUUUGCAAGAAUCCAUGCUCUUUCAUUCCACUUCUAGUUACACAUCUGCUGCUCGACAGAGAUGGCUCGUGAUGCCAGAUCUUCACGAUUAGUUAAAAAAGAGGAGAUAAGCAAAAAGAAAGUGAGCCCAGUCAAAAAGAAGUCUUGCCAAGUAACAAAAGAUGCCAAGAAAACUUCCCCAAAGGCAGAAUGUUCUGCAAACUGCAAAAAGUUAAUGGAAGGAAAGAACGAUGGCAAGAAAAAGCCACAAGAACGGAAAACACUGCUGAGCCCAUCUUGCCGAUUUCUCAGGAGCAGUGUCACCAAAGCCUUCUCUGGAACAUCUUGGAUGAAUCUGGAAUUAUCUGAUAAUGUUCUUUUUCAUAACCAGCCUCAGUUGAACUGCAAUGGCUUUACCAUGACUCUUCGCAGGAAACCAUUUUCCCAUAGGCUGUUCCAAAUGUCGGCAAUUUCAAGAGCCAAGAAAGUUGUCCCAGUGAAAAAUACAGGGAAAAGAGAGAAGUCUGAACUGGGAGCCUCCUGUGGAUUAGGAAAAAAAGCUAGAGAGACUGCAAGAGCUUUCAAACAGGAUUUAAACCAGAGUUGUGAGUUAACUUCUCCGAAAGGAGACAGCACUGCAUGUGUUAUAGAAGGAAGUCACUCUGAAUGCAAUGGCCAAGCCAAAAAAGAGUUGUGUCCUGAAAAAAGCAUUUCUGCUUCUGAUUUUGACAUACCAGAUAGCCAUAAUUUGGAAGUGUUAAAUGAGGAAUGCAAGUGUAAACUAAUUGUAACUGAUGAUCAGGCCUUAGUUGAGAGUGAUUUCUCUACUCAUACCUCAAAUGAAAACUUGACUGAGCCAGCUCCACGCUCUUUACAACUUGAUUCUGCUAUUGCGUUAAAGGCACAUGACAACAAAUUGGGAACAAUUGUGAAACCACACUUGAAGAAUAGUCUAGAUCUGCCUCCUGUGCCCGAGGAACAUCCUGAUUCCACACUGAGUCUUUCCUCUGGAGCAAAUUCAAAGGUACUUGUGGAAAGGCCACAGUCUCCCACAGAAUCUCACUCCAAAACUGGCUGUGGUUUGGUGCUAACUAAUUGUGAACCUGAUGCUGCCAUUUUGAUUACCUCCGAAUUAAUUUCAAAACUGCAUUUAGAUGAUCCAUGUGCAUUACCACAGCCCCAUCUCAAACAAGAUCCUGUUCCUGCCAUUCAAGAAAAACCUACUUCCACCUGCAUCUCUGAAUCAGAGGGUUGUUCAAAAGAUCCAGCCCUUUCUGUGAAUUCUCAUUUCCCAAAGGACUUGGAACAGGAGCCAAGCUCUAAAGCACUUGAUUCAUAUUUCAGCUCCAAACAAAAUGAUCCUGCAGGUGACCAAACAAAUGAAGUAGCAGUUUUCGAACAAGUUUCUAAUACCUCUCUGACAAGUUUUAUCUUAGAGGAUCUUGAGUGGACACUUGAAAGGAUCGCUGCAGAAACACUUACCGCAGAUUCAGCUACUGUGCCUCUUAUGUUGCUUGAGUCAGAAAAAAAUGCAGCCAAUUCAAUCUCAGCAAAUGGGAGCAGUGAAGUCUUUGAGGAAAAUAUUCCCAACUCCUCUGAAGAUGCUAAUUCAGGGUUGCCUUCAGACACUGCAGGGGUUCCAGGUACAAGGGCAGUUGAGCCAGAUGAAUGUGUUCCAAAGCCUCAGGAUCACUUGCCGCUUCUGGGAAGUGAUGGAAAAGACAUAAACUCUGUUCAGUGCACCAGGAACUAUGAUGCUAAUCCAGUUACAGCUUCAGAGCCAUCCUCCUGUGGAAAUCCAACUGGUGGUCCUCCUGUAUCACUUGCCUCUUCGCAACCUGUGCUCGAAAAGAAGAAGCGCAGGCGAUGUGGAGUUUGUGAGCCAUGCCUGCGAAAGACUAACUGUGAAGAAUGCAGCUGUUGCAGAAAACGCAAAACAAGUCAUAGGAUAUGUAAAAAGAGAAAGUGUGAGGAACUGAAGAAGCCUCCACUCGCACUUCCCCCUGUAAUUUUAUCUUUAGAGGUGCUAACUGAAAACAAAAGGCCUCAGAGGAGAAAGCAAAGAGUUCGGAAGGGGGACUUAGAAAACAAACCAGUAAAUGGCUGCAGACCAGAGUUCAUGGAAUGUGUUGCCCACUGCCAUGGUGAAAAACACAAGGUGAAACCAAACCAGUCACUGCUCUGGGAACAUGUACAGGCAAAUGAAAGGGGAAGUAUGACUGGCUUAGAAACAGAAAAGUGGACACAGAACGAGAAACUAUUGCUUAAUGCCCAUGUGAAUGGUGACCUCUGUAGAACUGGAACAAAAGAUGAGAACUCAACCCAUUUUGAAAAAGAUGCAAAAGCAGUCUAUUCUUCCAAUGUGUUAUAUGAGCCCAAAAAGUUGUUUACCCAAACUGCUAAAAAUGGCAUUAAAAGCAUACCUUACUCACCAGCAGAACAUGAUGCAUCACUGAAAAAAACAGAUGUGAGCGUAAGUGCAGAUCUGGCGAGCAACUGUAAAGAAAGGAACGCCAGUGCCUCUUGUGCAGGUGCUACUCCAUUGAAUAACAUUAGCUCUUUGACAACUGGAACAUGUGCUCUUCCAGAAAAGAAAGAUCACCUUUUAGAGCAGCAGACAGAAAGCUCUAAAGCCAUUCAGGAAACUGAAAACUCACUUUUGCAAACCAUUUCACUUUUAGAUCUACAAGACCAGCCAUCUUGUGCUCCUGUACUUGAGAAAGAUGGCUGCCUUGAUGAUGGUGCUUCAGAUAUACCAAGCAAAGAUCCUCAAGCUGAAGAUUUGUCACUUCAGUCAACUUUUUUAUCUCUGAUUAAAAACCGAAAUUUAACAGUAGAACAAGUUGUAGCUAUUGAGGCAUUAACGCGUUUGUCAGAACUCCCUUUAGGUGCUCCAUCAUCAGCCAAAACUGAAGCAGUUCAGUGUACAGAACAACAAACGCCACAUUCACUUAACAAUCACAAAAAGGAUAAUUCUUGUUUUUUGACAUCAUCCACACUGAAAGGUGUUAAAGAGACUUGCCCACAAAAGGACCAGGUGCUCUCUUCUCAUGCUUCUUCACAGAGAAGACUUCUUCCUAAGAACUUGCUUUACAAUGGUCAAGGUGCUAUUUCUGAAUUCCCCAGUAAAUCCCCAAGUCCAUCCAGCUUGUUGCGUAGAUUACAUUGCACCCCACGAGAUACCAAGUCUUUCUCUGCUUUAGUAUCUGGCGGAAAUUCAGGUCAUGCUACUAAGAAAUACCCUCUUCAUCAUAAAACUGCCAUUGGGCCUUGUUCCAAAACUUCAAGUACUAUCAAACAGCGGAGGAACAGAAUAGAGAUGCUUGGGAAAUGGGAGGGAAAGGCUGUUCGUGGCUUGAAUUCAAGAAGUAAUUCUAUAAUUAGGGAUGGCAUUCACAGCCAGGAUGAAGAAGAGGUAGCUGCCCAAUUAACUCAACUUGCAGCAAUAAUUGAAUCAAACAAAACAAGCCCAGAUCAGAAGACAUCAUUUCUCAAUCGAAUACCACCCGAUAUGCAAUCGAAACUUAAACAGGAUCAGUGCCUACUGCAGAAGAAACAAUCGCUAUUUGUAAGGAACAAUUAUAGCUCCUUGUUAGUCAAGCAAAGGCAACCAACACGGAAAAAUGAUAAAUCAGUACCAAGGGCAAAAAGACUGAAAAAAAAGCCCCAAGUAACUCCUGACCAACAAAACCAAUUACAACAAGAAUGCCCACAUGGUGAAUUACAGGACUUGCAGAAAAAGCCUUCGAAACUGCGUAAGCUUGGUCGGAUUGUGUCUCAAGAUUCCAAACUAAAUGCUUUGGGGAAAAAACCUUUGAAAACCAAAGUACAAAAAGCACGGAAUCGGAGUACUUUGCCAUCGCAACAAAAACCAACUGCAUUAUUUCUUCCCAAAACUCAAAUAAUAUUCCACAGGCCUUUGCCUGCCUCUGCACAAGACAAAAUAAAAGACAAGCUGUUUAGCCAUGAAGUAGUGCCAGAGCACAUCAAAACUGUGAGCUCCAAUGGUGCACCUGGCACCAGUCCUCCCAGUGGUGACCACAUUGCUUUGCAACAGAGUAAUCUGCUCUCCAAUAAUCUUCUGAUGAUUUCUCACUUAGAAGCAAAAUCCUGUUUGAACCAAGAAAGUCAAAAUAUACAUAUGUUUACAGAAAAAGACAAGAAUUCUCAGGUACAGCAAACCAUGAAUAUUGCUCAAGUGCAUCCUUUGCCUCAGAUCAUUAGUGAAGGAACAGAUGAAAAGAGCAAGGAAGACCAAGAGAAGUUCCAGGAGGAUGCUGUAGAUCCACAAAAAACGCAGAUUCUGCCAGUGAUGCCCAUUAACUGUGGUGAAGCCUCUUCAGGGGACACUGUGCAGGCUCUCAGGAAUGUGGAGCAUACAAGUGAAGUUACAUUUCCAGCAUCAAGUUUAGGGACUGAAAAUCCACAGGGUACAGAGAUCUUAGGGUGUUCUCCAUCAAGGAAUACACUCAGUAGGUUUCUUGAAUCUCCUAUGAAGUUCCUGGACACCCCUACAAAGAACCUAAUUGAUACACCUACAAAGAAAGGGCAGAGUGAUUUUCCAAUCUGUGAUUGUGUUGAACAAAUUAUAGAGAAGGAUGAAGGUCCAUAUUAUACACACCUUGGAACAGGACCAAGUGUUGCUGCUGUCAGGGAAAUAAUGGAGGACAGGUAUGGAGCAAAAGGAAGUGCUGUAAGAAUAGAGGUAGUGGUGUAUACAGGCAGAGAAGGAAAAAGUUCCCAAGGGUGUCCUAUUGCCAAGUGGGUGAUACGAAGAAGUAGUGAUGAAGAAAAACUAUUGUGCCUGGUUCGUCAGCGUGCAGGUCACCACUGCCAAACUGCCGUCAUUGUGAUACUUAUUUUGGCUUGGGAGGGGAUUCCCCACCUUCUGGCAGACACACUGUAUAAGGAACUGACCCAAAGUCUUAGAAAAUAUGGCUGUCCAACGAGCCGUAGAUGUGCACUAAAUGAAGAUCGUACUUGUGCCUGUCAAGGUCUUGACCCAGAGACAUGUGGAGCAUCCUUCUCAUUUGGCUGUUCAUGGAGUAUGUAUUACAAUGGAUGUAAGUUUGCAAGAAGUAAAACCCCCAGGAAAUUUAGACUUCUUACAGAUGAUCAUAAGCAAGAAGAAAAUCUGGAAAAUAAUUUGCAAACUUUAGCUACUGAUGUGGCUCCACUGUAUCAGAAACUUGCGCCUGAUGCUUUCCAGAAUCAGGUGGAAAAUGAGCAUCUGGGCCCUGACUGUCGACUGGGGAUCAAGGAAGGGCGGCCCUUUUCUGGUGUAACGGCUUGCAUUGAUUUCUGUGCCCAUGCCCAUAAGGAUACUCACAACAUGCACAAUGGAAGCACUGUGGUUUGUACUUUAACAAAAGAAGACAACCGUACAGUGGGAGUGAUUCCAAAUGAUGAGCAGCUGCAUGUGUUACCUCUUUACAAAAUUUCACAAACAGAUGAAUUUGGCACAGAAGAAGGGCUGGAAGCCAAGAUCAAAGCUGGGGCAAUACAGGUGCUUACUGCUUUUCCCCGGGAAGUAAGAAUGUUAGCUGAGCCACGUAGAGCAACAAAGAAAAAGAAACCAGACGCAAAGAAGCAAACUUUAGCAGAAAAGAAGCAUGCUACACCUGUAAAGGGGAAAAGUGGAAUGCCCGAAAAUACCAUUAAAGCUUCACAAACUUUAGAGAACAAAACAUGUACAUGGCAUCCUGGGACAAAAAUGGAGUCUGAUGAACACCUUUCUUCCAUAAAAAAUAAUUCAGACACUACUAAAAAUUGCUCCAUAGUAAAGCAAUAUGCUCCUUCCUCCCCCUUAAAGCUGGAUAAUUUACAUUCUUGCUCUCCAUUAACUCACAAAGUUGGUGGUAUAAUGCCAGUGACGAAUAGUCAACAACAUUUUCCAACUUCCUACGGGUAUGUGCAGUGUAAUAGUAACAAACCUCAAGUAACGCCCAAUGGUAAGAAUUUUGAUGUGUCCAUUAGUGAUCAUACUGGAAUUCUGCUGGAUGAGAAGAGGGAUGGCUUGCCUCCGUUUCUUCAAGACCUGACUGUUUCAAAAUCCACAACUAAUAGAGAAAAUCUUCCCUACAGACUUGAACAAGAGGUGGUCAGCAAACAGAAUUGUGAAAUUAAAUUAGAAAACUCUUCUGCCUCACAGUUGGCUAGCUCUUUGGAAUCAUCAAUGCCAUCAAAUGCUCCAGAAUAUGUAGUAAGAAACGAAACCAGCUCUUCCCAGGAGCAUCUAGUGCAAAAAAACGAUUUCAGGCAAACCCCAGAUUGUGAUUCUGCCACUGUGAAUAAACAGCUGCAUAGUGAGCUUCUGAAGCGCACAGAUUCGGAAGACAAAGCAGAGGAAAUGUGGUCAGACAGUGAGCAUAACUUUUUGGAUAAUGACAUUGGUGGGGUAGCAGUAGCACCAUCACACGGCUCCAUCUUAAUUGAAUGUGCACGCCGCGAACUACAUGCAACAACGCCAAUUAAAAAACCAAACAGGAAUCAUCCCACACGGAUCUCUUUAGUCUUUUACCAACAUAAAAACCUAAACGAGCCAAAACAUGGUAUAGCGCUGUGGGAGGCAAAGAUGGCAGAAAGAGCAAGAGAGAAAGAAGCGGGAAAAUUGAGCAUGGAUGAGAAUACUAAUUUACAACCCAGUGACAGGAAUACACAAGCCAAUACCAGCCGAGAGAUUUUCUAUGAAGACAAUGAGUUCAACCAAAUUCCAUCCCGCCGAGCAUUAACAGUAACUCAUGAUAACAUCAUAACCGUGUCUACUUAUGCCCUCACACGAGUUGCAGGGCCAUAUAACCAUUGGGCAUAAUUUUUUAUAGUAACUUUACAACUCUUGCCUUGGAGCAGUGUUACACAAUGAUUCCUAAAGGUGCUGUUAAAGAACAAAGUCUUGUAUGUUUUACUCUUUGUUCAUCUCAACCAUUUUGAAGGCUGAGGUAAAAAAAUGAUUUUUUUUCUUAAACUGUGACUUUAUAUAUUUUAACAUCUGGUGAUUCUCAAGCACAUUUUAAGCAAAAAAAUUGUAUAGUUCAAUGAUUUUGGCUAGGUUAUUAACUUUGAUUGACUUAUUCAGUUUAUUACCUUUUUGGAAUUUACACUUUGGUGCUUUAAAUUGUCUGUUUACUACAAAUGGGCUUUUUAUAAAGAUUUUAACAGAUUUCACCUUUUAUGAUGUAAAAUCAAGUUAGACAGUAUUAGCUAUACACCCCUCUUGGUGCUUAAUCACAUCGAACAGUUAAAGAUAAGCUGAUUUUAUUCCUUCUUGGUGCCAUUGCUCCGACAGCUUCCACUCACUCAUGUGAAGCCCAAUUUAAGGAUAAAGAACCAAUGAUGCUUUAUCUGUGUACAGAUUUUUCAUGUAUGUAUAGUUUGUGUGCAUGUGUAAUCAAUACACAUGCACACACAAACAAUAUCACUAGUGAUGGUUGGAGGUUGUAAACUGUAAAUAUAUAUUUAAAAGCACUUUCUAUUUUUAAAGUUAACUUGAAAUAGUACAACGAUCACAUUUGUCUAAGGUUUGUGCAUUCUCUACCAAGGAAUUUAUUUUUUUUCUUACUGUGUAGAGUUCCAUAUUGCUACAACAAUUCAUACAUACUAAGAAUAUUUGGUCUUUAGAUUCCUACCCCUUUUACCAUUUUAAUUUUGGGUUUAUUCCUAAACAAAAAAGGUUAAUAAAAUGCAGAAAGAUCAGUGUUUGCAAAUACGAA